AUGUCUGCCAUUGCUGGUGUCACACAGCCUCCUUAUCCGCUCCAUGAGUCCGUUCGAGAUCUACUGGAUCCCGAGUACGUCGCCUUCUAUAACCAGCAUGUGAUCAACAACCAACAGGUGCAUCUCCAGCCCGUUGCAGCAUCGCGGACCAGUGGCGUUCUGAUCCCAGGUGCGGGCCCAAUGCUGGAGGUUGGCAAGACUCAUGAUCUUACUAUUGUGCGACGAGAGACCGAAGGACCUCCAGUUGCAGUCCGCUGCUUUACACCCAAGGGCGAAGUGCCCGCUGGUGGAUGGCCAGUCAUGCUCUAUUUCCACGGCGGCGGUUGGGUCCUUGGUAAUAUUGACACCGAAAAUGUGGUGUGUUCCAACCUUUGCGUGCGUGGUAACUGCGUGGUGGUGACUGUGGAUUACCGUCUUGCCCCCGAAAACCCAUGGCCUGCAGCAGUUCACGAUUGCUGGGAAACUCUGCUCUGGCUGGUGGCGGAGGGACCCGCCGCGCUGUCAAUCGACACGUCCAAAAUCGCGACAGGCGGGUCCUCGGCCGGUGGAAACUUGGCUGCAAUCAUGACCCACAAGGCAUUGACCCUUUCCCCCCCACUCCGCUUCUCCGCUCAGUUACUCUCGGUCCCCGUCACAGACAAUACCGCCACCGUGGAAAAUAACGAGUCGUAUCGCCGCUACGAACACACCGCCGCCCUUCCCUCGCAGAAGAUGAUCUGGUACCGUGACCAUUACCUGCCAAACGAAGCGGAUUGCAAAAACCCCGAGGCUAGUCCCUUGUUCUACGCCGAUGACUGGUCGCAGCUUCCCCCUGCCCUCGUGAUGGUGGGCGAGCUGGACGUGUUGCGGACCGAGGGCGAACAGUAUGCUGAGAAGCUUCAGAAGGCGGGCGUGGCGGUAGACUUACAGGUGAUGAAGGGCAUGCCACAUCCAUUCCUCGCGAUGGACGGCGUACUCUCCGAGGGGAAAAGGUGUAUCACAUUGAUGUGCGAUGCUUUGCAAAAGGCGUUCUGGGGCUAA